UUGCUUCCACCAGUUUCCAAAACAAACAGCGGAGGCUGCGGGCUGCAGGCUUCGGGCCGGGCCGGGCUGCCUCUGUGCCUGGAUCAGGACGGGUGCUAGCUCUCUGCUGUCCCCGGGCUGCCUGCCGUGGCGCCCCCACUGGAGCUCCCCAGCCGGCCCUCGGGGGCAGGGCUGCUCUCUCCCAGACCAUUUUGGGGAAAGACAAUUCCAUUUUCGGCUUUUUGGAUUUCCCCUGCACUUCCUCCCGCACUCCUCCCCUCCCUCCUCAACUUCUCUCCCCUCCCCCAAGGAUCAAGUUGAAGCUUCUCUUGCUUGUGUGGAUUCCAUUGGUUUCUCCAGUGAUGGCUUUAAGCUCCCGAGCUCAUUCCUUCUCCGUGGAAGCCUUGGUGGGGAGAUCGACCAAGAGGAAACUCCAAGACCUGGGGGAUGAGCAACCACCGCAGGAUUUCCUGGAGAAAGGCGACGAAGAGGAGGAGGAGGAGGGGGAGGAGGAGGAGGAAGGCAGAGACCUCCGGAUCGUGAGGAAAGUCGAGGGAUCGGAAAAGAGACCCAAAGCAGAGACUUCAAUGGCCGCUUUCUCCGGGGGCCGGGAAAGUCCGGAAGAUAACGAUAAUGUCCAGGCAGAGCUGCAGGGCUCCGAGCUGUGGCAGAGAUUCCACGAGAUCGGCACUGAGAUGAUCAUCACAAAAGCCGGCAGGCGAAUGUUCCCUUCUGUUCGCGUCAAAGUGAAGGGGCUGGACCCCGUGAAGCAGUAUUACAUUGCCAUCGAUGUGGUGCCGGUGGAUUCCAAAAGAUACAGAUAUGUCUACCACAGCUCCCAGUGGAUGGUGGCUGGGAACACGGACCACUCGUGCAUCACCCCCAGGCUUUACAUCCAUCCAGAUUCCCCCUGUUCUGGAGAGACGUGGAUGAGGCAGAUCGUCAGCUUUGAUCGUGUCAAACUCACCAACAAUGAGAUGGACGACAAGGGACAUAUUAUCCUGCAGUCUAUGCACAAGUACAAACCUCGGGUUCAUGUCAUUGUGCAAGACAGUCGCUUUGACCUCGCCCAAAUCCAGUCCUUGCCCGCCGAAGGUGUCCAGACUUUCUCCUUCCCAGAAACCGAAUUCACCACGGUGACAGCGUACCAAAACCAACAGAUUACUAAACUGAAAAUAGACCGAAAUCCUUUCGCCAAAGGAUUUCGAGAUCCUGGAAGAAACAGAGGCGUGUUGGAUGGACUUUUAGAGACCUACCCAUGGAGACCCCCUCUCAGCCUGGAGUUUAAAACCUUCGGGCCUGAAACGCAAAGUGGAAGCAGCAGUGGCUCCUCACCAGUGACGUCCAAUGGUGGGCCUCCCUCUCCUCUGAACUCCUUCCUUUCUCCACCUUGCUCACCACCUGCAUUUCACCUAUCGUCCAGCGCCCUUGGAAUGCCCUGUUCAGAAACCUACUUGCCCAACUUCAAUUUGCCUCUUUGCUACAAGAUCUGCCCAAGUAAUCUUUUGAGAACACCACCUCUUAUGUUUCCCACUCCUGAAAAGCCUGGAAGCACCAAUCCUCACUCUUUGCCCCCUUUCAUGAUGGAGGUGCCCAUGUUAUCUUCCCUGGGAAUCCCCAAUUUAAAAAAUGGCAAAGCUGAAGACUUAAGUGGGCAAUGUCUGCAAAUUCCCCAUCCUGCCAAUCCAAUGCUAUAUGGGUUACACGCACCUCCAAAUGUGUUCCCACCGACUCCCAUUGCCCAAGAAGCCUUCGGCUGUUCUUUACAUCCUUCCUAUGGCUUUUAUGGCUAUAACUUCCCUGUGCCGUCCAGACUUAUGAAUGCGGCGAGCCAUUUCCGAGUGAACCAUGGCAUCCCAGCUUCCUAUCAUCGAGAUGGCAGAUGCAACCACUCCCGCUGGCAUCCAACAAUUAAUCACUGCCUUUAACUUAACUGUAAAUUCUGAGAAGGAUUAUCUCCUUAUUCGGGAGGGAACCACCAACAAAGCUGGUCAAAAGGGGCCUGACACCUUCAGUGCAACAUUAUUCGAAGCCAUUCAGCUGGCCUCCAUUCCCUUACCCCAAAUGGAGCUUACACUUUAUAGUAAGCACCGCAGAGAAAGAAGAUAUGAAGAAAGACACCAAGAUUUUUCCAAGCUGACUUUAGGGGAGAGAAAACUUCUUUCUGUCCCCAUGAACAUGUGUAUUCCAUCAAUUCCCAUCUAAGCUAGAACUGGACCUGCCUUUUGUCCUUUGGUAGUACAUAUUCUGCCUCCUUUUCCAAUGGAUUUUCUUUUCACUGGGUUUGGUACAGAGCAAAAGGCUUUCCCGUGAUGACCUCUGUGGCCCCUCUGGAAGGGGAUUCAAGUGUCCUUGUUAGCCGUUCAUUUGCACAUGACAGCCAAAGCCUUGCUAGCAGCCUCAACGGGAAGGGACAAACAAGGGCAAAAGGCUUUAGAUUUUUCAUGAAACUCUGGAGCUGCUCUUCUUGAUUACCUUGAAGAUAAGAUCUGAACAUUUAAUGCUGAAGGAAAGCAAGAUAAAUGAAAAGCAAAACCUUCUGAAAUGGAUCUGAUCUUUGGUUUCCUUUUAUUUGUUUGGGAAUCAUUCCGACAUGAAGCCUGUUUACUUGUGCCCUUAACUCACUUGCUAUCUUAGACAGACUCUUGCCAAGAAGAAAAAAAAGAACUGACUGAAGUUCUCCAUGAAGAAGAAUAAGAGAAUCUGACGGAAGGGGGGGGGUGCUGGUGGCAAAGACAUUUGAGUCCAGAAAUAUGAAAAUGGCAUGGAAUUGGCUGAAUCUUACUUUCAUGUGUAAUUCAUGGCGGAAUAGACUAGAUAAAAGUAAUAGCCCCCAAACAAUGUAAAUAAUAUGUACUCGUCUUAAGCUUAUGAAUCCUGCAUUUUCCCCUUCAUCUGAUCUUAAACUGCAUUUCCUAUAUACCCGCUGAAAGAAGGAAAUGGAUAAUCUGUAAAAAGGGAUGUGAGGAUGAAUCCAAUUUUGAUUUCUCAUGGCACUAGGUCUAGUCAUUUUAUUAAGUGGCGACCCACUACCUUGAAAGGGCCUGUUAUGACUUUGAACAACCUAUCCAAGUCCUUUGCUCUGCCCCCAAAUUUCUCAGCAAACACUCUCAUCUCCUUUAUUUUGUGCCUUCAGAACUGAGCAAUUAUUCCUUCCAAAGUAUACAUCGGAAUCAGAACUACAUUCCAGAGAACUACUGUAACUUUUAUUUCCAGGAUGAGGAUGGGGGGGGGGGGAAGUCAGCCUGCCGUGUUGUUGAAAUUGAGUACUCUACCAUUGGGUGAGAAGGAUUCACAAAAGGGGCCUAGAUAAAUGCAGUGUCUAUGCUAAGGUGUCGUAGUUUGGUUAUUUUUCAGUCAUGGCCCACCCUUUGUGACCCCAUUUGGGGCUUUCUUGGCAGAGAUACUAGAGUGGUUUGCCAUCAAGAAGAUGGGUCCUCCUGACUCCAGGCCUGGUUCUCCUUGUGCUACCUAGCUGCCCCCUCUGCUAAGUCAGAUGCUACAUCCUAUUAGGACCGCACCAGAAGCUGUUCAGGCAGGCUUUGAGAAUCCAGGGUUUAAAGCGUAACAAAUACAUUUCAUUUCCAUGUAUCCCAGAGGGAGGGGAGGUGGGGGCUAACUGUUAACUGAGGAAAAUUCUGUGAAUCCUUGACGCAGAGACAGCCAUGAGAGUACAAUGACCCCGAUCCCAAGGGAUCAUGUGCGAGACCGUCAGGCAUCACUGAGAGAAGGUAUUUAUUUAACUGAAGGAUGAACUAAACAAUUCUGAAAAGCUCUGGCUUCCUUUCCGGGGCUGGGAGGUGAGGGGGAGGUGCUGUACAGUUUGAGAAUGGCUCAGCUCACUGAGUUGAGUUACCCAGAGAAAACUUUUGCUAAUUGGCUGUAUUGAGACAAGGAGCAAGGGAAAAGGCAGGCAUUGUCCAGGUCAAAGGAUGUACGUGAACUUUUUAUUUCUGGCAUUCCAUGAUUUCGGUUAUUAUAUCAGAGCAGCACAGGAUUUAGAGUUGGCAAAGACUCUGAUCUUAUCUAGCCUUACUUUACUCAUUUUACAGAUAGGGAAAAAUCAGGCCCCAGGAAGAGACAUAGGAAGCCAAAGGCUUCAGAGGAUCAGAGGAAGAGGACCUUUGGAGAUUGACAAGUCAGCUUCCUGUCUCUAAGCAGGCAGAAACUUAGCAGCUGUUCUAGUUCAGAAAUGCCUUGUAUACAGCAGGUGAAAAAUAAAGGCUUUUUGAUUUGAA